CGCGGCGGCGGGGCAGCGGGCGCGAGCCGUAGCCAUGCAAAGCGCCGUGUUCCUGGCGCUGCAGCACGACGGCGGGCGGAUGGAGCGGGGCGGCCGCCGCCGCAGCGAGGCCGAGGAGGCGGAGAAGGGCAGGAUGAAGAGGACGAUCAUUAAAGAUUGGAAAACGCGACUGAGCUACUUCCUGCAGAACUCUUCCAAUUCUUCUAAAAUGAAAUCUAAGAAGGUGGGGAAACACCGCACCUACUUCAGGCCUUCCCCUGAAGAAGCCCAGCUGUGGGCAGAAGCCUUUGAUGAACUUCUUGCUAAUAAAUAUGGUCUUGCUGCUUUCCGAGCUUUUCUGAAGUCUGAGUUCUGUGAAGAGAACAUAGAGUUCUGGCUGGCCUGUGAGGACUUCAAGAAAACCAAGUCACCCCAGAAACUGACAUCAAAAGCAAAAAAAAUCUACAAUGACUUCAUUGAAAAGGAGGCUCCCAAAGAGAUAAACAUAGACUUCCAAACCAAGAACAUGAUUGCGCAGAGUAUUCAAGAAGCCACACAUACCUGCUUCAGUGCAGCACAGAAGAGGGUUUACAGCUUAAUGGAGAAUAACUCGUACCCCCGGUUUUUGGAAUCUGAAUUCUAUCAGGAGCUGUGCAAGAAGACGCCCAUCACCAAAGUGGCCCAGGGGACUUGAGCAAUGGAGAAGAACAAGCAGCAGCCUCUCGGCUAGGGAGGAAGCAAGCCACAGCUCAUGGCAGCAUCCUGACCUGAAUGACUGAGAUACUGAGUGCUCAGUCUGUUUGCCACAGUGCAAGGACAAAUACUGACUUUGGUGCAAAGCUGAUGGCAAGGAGUGAUGCUGUUGGAGGGCAUUCAGAGGUGAUGGCAGAAGCGUGCCAGCCAGCUGCUGGUGAUGCACUUCUCCGCAAGUGCUGCAGCGAAAGGUGACUCCAUGCAUUAGACCAAACAGUACAGUGUAAGGGUCCUUCUGUCACCGCUGAAGUGGCGAUGCAGCAGGUCAGAGCAGAGCUUCCUUGUAAUCAGAAGCUGCUCUGUGCAGCAACUUGAAUAAUUGGUUACCUAUUUAUUUUCCCUAAACAUCAGCCAGUGUUGCUGCUGUCAGUCAACUUGGUGUGUUCACGCAGGUUCUGAGGACUGCCUCUAGCUGUAAAGAGAUGUGUUGGGUUUCUGUGCAACUUCCAAACAGUAACAGCACUGUGCAGCCUGAAGUAAGGAAGGGAUAUGACUGUUCCCAGAGGAACAGGUUCUGCAACUAAAGUAUGCAAGGCUGGGUUGUGGCGGCAGGACUGCACAAGGCCAGACCUAGGGCAAAACUUGGCCAAGGUGAACAGGAGCUAUAUAGUGUUAUAUUUAUAUGUGGGUUAUGAUUGUGUUGAAUGCUGCAAUAAUGUCAUAAUUCUGUCUUGAGGACAGCAA